AUGGCUGGCGAUCGUGCUGAGGUUCCCUACCACCAUCCGGAAGUUCCUGGGAACCAUUGUGCGGGUUAUGCUUUGAAGGGACUGCAACACAGUGUGGAGAGAUCUGUCUCGUCAAAGACAGUUCCUCUGGUUGAGGAUCCCAACCUCGACCCGUUUUACCUUGAGCGAGCGUUAGAGGCUUCAAAGCAGUGGGAUGCUCGUCCUGACGACGAGUCAGAAGUCGAUCUUGAAGACCUUGAGAAUGAAUAUUUCAUGUCGUACAUGACUGAGGAAACACAGACGAUACCAGAGCAUCACGAUCACUCUGUCCAUACUCACGCCAGUCAUUACCAGCAAGCUCAAUCGUUACAGAAACCAGCGUAUCCAGCAACACCCGACUGGACGCGGACAUACAACCAUCAAAGCCAAAGUUCUUGCAGCUCCAUCCAAACUGAUGCUACGGGUGUAAUUCCUGAUCUUACGCCAAGUAGCUCUUUUUCUUCUACCUACUCUGACCCUGAUUACACCCCAGGGACAAGAAAACCUAUGCAGCAACACUUCAUGUACCAUAACAGCGCAGUUCGCGAACGAUCGCACACAGCAGCACGCUUCUACCUCCCAGCAGCGACUCCGGACACACAGUCUAGAGCUUGCACGCGACCCAGUACCCCCGUCGAGAGAACAGCAGCCGCGGCACUCGCCGAAUAUCACAAUCUGUCAUCUGAAACACUCACUAUGGUUCCAAAGGAGCCUGCUGCAGCUGCAGCAUCUUCAUUACACUCCAAGCCCCUACCCAGUCUGCCGCCUAUCCUCAAAAAUCCUUGUCCGGUCCCGCCCAAAAAGUGUCAAAACGGUGGGUCGAAGAGCCAGAUUGAUGCGUCCCUCAUCUCACCGCCGAGCCUGGUCAAUCCAGUAACAAUGGAACCCCACAUGUCACCAUUCAACCAUGCUCUUUUUAUUCCUGCACAUGAUUGUCCAAGUCCAAUUCCGAAUCACACGCCUAUGACCCCACUGAUUGCACGACAGAACACCAAUGCAUCGACGAAAGGGCGCCCCUCUACUUCGACAUCCGUGGCUCAUGGUGAGCAGUCGGUCUGGGAAUCGGACUCGGAAUCAGGGUCGAUUAGUGGUAAAUCACAAUCGCGGCGGGGGCCCAUCGACACGCUUCGGAAGGUCCGAAGUCGAGUGCAGCUGCGUCGCAUUGCCAAAUCGGAUGCGAAAUUGCACGCGGAGAUCAAUAGCGCUACCAUUACUAGUUCGCUAACUAGUAGCAACACUGCCAAUGGCAAUGGGGGCUUAUGGGCGCCGUCCCCGCUAAACGCGGGACAGCCCGAAGCCGGUGCCCGCCCAUCACCACCGCCAGGUCUGGCCUCACUCGACACCCGCACUGCGGCUAGUGCCACGUCCAUCCCCGAUAUGCUGCCUCCCCCACCCCUGAAGCAGACUCUGCGCCUAGUAGCGCCAUCAACCACGUCACUGCCACGGCCCCAGUCGCAACACAGCAGCGAGAAGCUGUCUGGAGACAUUGACUCAUCGACUGCUGCAGCCAUCCACGCACAGUCACGACGCCGACAGCGGUCUAAUGCCACGGAUGACUUCUUACCGUUUCCCAAGACCGAGACGGUGAAUCAGUACUAUUGUAGCAGUCAUGUGCUACCAUCGUCCGGCACUGUAUCGUCAAACAACCCCUCGAUGGAUCAACCCACUGUAUUCAGGCGAAUAUGGGGUUCGUUGAGGUCUCUCGACUGUCGUCAAGGUUGA